UUUUGGGCCUGUGUGGGAUUGCGGGCCUUGCGCGGUGUAACAGGGCCAGGGAGGCGCUGACUUGUCUUGGCCAGAGCGAGCGAGCGUGGGGUGGAGGGGGUGGUGCUCUUCAUUCCCAGUGCGAGGAGGAGGUGACGGCGGUCGCGAGAUAACGCAAUCUUCUAGUGCGACUCUUUCUCCCCAGUUCUCUCAGUGCCGCUCCUGAAAAUAUGUCGGAAGGAGUGGACCUCAUAGAUAUCUACGCCGACGAAGAGUUCAAUCAGGACUCUGAGUUUAGUAAUGCUGACCAGAUGGAUCUGUAUGAUGAUGUGUUAGCUGCCAGUUCUCAGCCUUCCGAAAGUUGCACUAGCAGUUCUGAGCCACCAUCUGAAGGCCGCAAGGAGCAGUCUCCCAAGCCGAAUAGCAAAUCACCUGCUAUCCUGUACACCUACAGUGGGCUGCGUAACAAGAGAGCUGCUGUUUAUGUAGGAAGCUUUUCCUGGUGGACGACUGACCAGCAGUUGACACGAAUAAUCCGCUCGGUGGGUGUUUAUGAUGUUGUGGAGCUCAAGUUUGCUGAAAAUAGAGCCAAUGGCCAGUCCAAAGGGUAUGCAGAAGUUGUAGUUGCCUCUGAAAACUCUGUUCACAAACUUCUGGAGCUGCUACCAGGAAAAAUACUCAAUGGAGAUAAGGUGGAGGUGAAGUUGGCCACCCGGCAGAACCUUGCACAGUUUGAAGCGCAGGCUCGAAAACGUGUGCCUCCGAGGGCUCACUCAAGGGAUUCCUCAGACUCAGUAGAUGGCCGAGCCACUCCAACAGAGAAUGCGGUACCACCACCACGGAUUGAGAAGCCUCCUUCUGUUUUGCCUUUCUUCAACCGCCCUCCUUCUGCUCUCCCUCUCAUGGGACUACCACCUCCACCCAUGCCUCCACCUCCACAAAUUUCUUCAAGUUUUGGAGUCCCACCUCCCCCACCAGGCAUCCACUACCAGCACCUAAUGCCCCCUCCUCCUCGACUCCCCCCACACCUAACGGUGCCACCUCCAGGGGCAGUGCCACCUGCUUUGCACCUCAACCCAGCCUUCUUCCCCCCACCAAAUGCAGCAAUGGGCCCUCCACCAGAUGCCUACAGUAAGGCUUCAGCCCCAUAUAACCAUAGCAGCCGAGAACUAGGCCCAUUGCCACCCCCUGUCAGUGAAGCUGAGUUUGAAGAAAUCAUGAACCGGAACCGAGCAAUUUCCAGCAGUGCCAUUUCCAAAGCUGUGUCUGGUGCCAGUGCAGGGGAUUUUAAUGAUGCCAUUGAGACUCUGCUUACAGCCAUCGUUGUGAUCAAGCAGUCCCGUGUAGCGAAUGAUGAGCGCUGCAGAGUCCUUGUCUCUUCACUUAAGGAUUGUCUCCAUGGCAUCAGAGCCAAAUCCUACAGUAUGGGCGGUGGCAGCAGCAGCAGUUCCUCCAGAAAAAGACACCGGUCUCGGGAUAGGUCACCCAGUCGAUCCCGUGAGAGCAGCAGGCGGCACCGAGAUGCAAUCCAUAAUGAAGAUCGGCAUGAGGACUAUUUUCAGGAAAGGAGCCGGGAACAUGAGAGACACAGAGACAGGGACAGAGAAAGGGAUCGACAUCACUGAGAGAUGGGAAAUCUUUCCAGGGAGCGUGGGAGGAAUUCAGUGUUUUAUGGACUCGUCUCUCCUGUCCUUAAUCAAGACUAAAGGGUGGCUGCUUCUCUGCCCUCUCCUUCCCACUUUCCAUUGACCUUUCUGGACCUCUUGGAAAAAGACUUUGCCUGCAGAGCUCCAUCUGGUGCGCUGUGGCACAGGGACCUGAGUUCUGCCAGUGUGAGUCAAGUGCUGCUGCUUCAUGGAGAAACACUGAAUGACUUGGAGUUUGGGAGGGGUUGUCUGAGCCACUGUGACUAGGGGCCACUUCAAUCCAUGGAUUCUUGGACCCAAAGAGAAUGGUGCUUUCCGCAGAGGUCUCCCCACCUCUUUUCUUUUCCAUGGCUUUCUAGGAGCACCUGGGGAGGAACCCAUCCAGCUUGUCUCCUGUAGAAAGAACUGUUGCUCCAGCACAGCACAAGAUGUCUGACUGUAGUCUCACUGGAGCUUGUGUCCACAGUCCACACUGCAUUGUCUUCUCAAGCAUCCAGUCUCCUGAAGUCUCAUCCUUUUCCAAAGCAGCUUCAGUUUUGCCUCUCUAGCACCAUUGUACACAGCUUAGAAAACAGUAUUUUUUUCUUUUUAAUGGGAGGGCAGGUUAGCUAUUGCUUCCAGUUACUCACUGUUUGGUUCUCUUCUCUCUACCUUACUCCCAGUCCAGCUUAAGUUCCUGAAAGCUGCCAUCUCCAUUCUGCCUAUCAUUUUCUAGAGAGGCCAUCAUUUGGUCAUCUUACCCCAAUAGAAACUAUUCUGGCUCUGGCUAUUCCAGGUAUUUUUUCCACAGGUGACGCAUAUUGCUUACAGCUUUCUUGCUUUGUUUCAUGCAAAUGCCUGCUUCAGCUGUAACUUCUUGCAUAAACCUUUGCUUCCAGGGCAACCCUCCUAGAGUGCUACCUUCCUUGUUGUAGAGGAAGUGUUGUAGGCAGAGAACUGACUGAUGCAGUGGCAUGGAAUAGGGGCAAGUCAGACCGAGGCUAGUAUGAAGUUACAGAAUGCAGUAUGCCCUGAGCAUUUUUAAGUUCCAUGUGAUGUAUGUGUUGAUUUAAGGUUUAGGAGUUCCCUUGCCCCCAGUCUAAGUCUGAACAGAGAGCACUUGAGAGUGAUAAGCUCAUAAGUUUGUUUCCGCUUCACUGAUCUGGGGCAUACUCUUGUAGGGGGAGAUGCUUAGAGGCAGUGGAAAUCUUCUGUCUGUCUGUCCGCCCUAUGUAUAACUGUGUCAUGUCACCACGAGUAAGGCUUCUGGAGGCUUUCAGUCUUUAAGGUGGCAAUCCCUUCAGGCCAGUUGCAUCAAAGUCUGCUGAGGAACAUUAUGGGACAGGAGUAGCUAUAGAACUCUAGAUUAAUGUGUUAUUUUGGAGAUGUAGCUCUUGGAGUACAAGUUUGGGUUCUCCAACCCCGACUGAGUGCUCCAGUUUCUUAAAAUCAAGAUAACACACCUCAUCUUGGGAUAGGUAGUCUCCAGCACCUGGAUCUGUAUAGUAAGGCCAAGUGUCUGUUACAUUCAAGAACACUUAAUGUGACUGACCAACUGCAUGGUGAAGCUCCCCCUUGGAGGAGGAUCCUGCCUGGUCCCACUAAACAGCUGUGUGGCCUAAAGAGGAUGGAGGAUGUCUGGCCAAGAAUGUCACCCUGUGAUGCUGCACCUCCUUUGGCCCUGUUGGUCAGAGAGAUGCUGAGCUCUAAAAAUGUUUCUGAUAAAAGGAAAGCAAAGUUAUGUAAACUAGAAUGGGGUAACAGCUUCAACUGUAAUGUAUCAGAUAUAAAACAUUUGAUUGGAAGAGGGGUUUUUUUUUACAUAAUAGGACAUUUUUAGUUUGUUUUGAAAUAAUGGAAGUAAAAGAGAAAAGAAAGAAACCAACGACUGAAACCCAACAUUGGUUCCCCUUGACUCGCCCACCCUGUUCUUCGUGAUUUGAUUUGUUUGUCUUUUUCUGAUAGGUUGGAAAUUGUGUAAUAAACUUGAUGAUAUUGUCAAUCUUUUAUACUGCAUUGUAUGGUUUCUUUUUUUCCUUUUGUAAUAUUUUAAACCAAUUGGGGAGGGGGGGUGUUGCUGUUUUAUAGAAUUUCUCCACUAAAUAAGAUUGGGGGGGGGGGUAUGUAGCCCAAAAAUGGCAAAGAAUGGAUAGAUAAGGGAGAUGUUUCUACAACACAGAUUCUAAGUUUUGGCUGGCUGAUAGCCCUUGUACAACCAUGGCUUUUAUGUAAUGCUAGUUCACAACCUCUUUGUGUACACAAAUUAAAAUGUCUUUUAAAAAGCUUA